AUCUCUGCUUCCUCACCUCAGCACCAAUCAGCCACACACAGCGACAGGAGAGACGGACCGAGCAAACACUCGGCAGCUACACAAUACAUCCCAGACCAGGAGGAAACACCUCACCUUCGACUUCCAGCGCUGAGCUACCCUGCCUGCCGUUUUUUAUUCCCCUUCAAUCCCACUUCUUUUCUUUUAUUACUUUUCUUUAUGUACAAACAAUAAAAGGGGCUUUGCUUCGAAAGCUCUGUGUGUCUUCGCAUAUCUUGUAUUCUAUUUUCGCGUCGUCGUGCAGUAAUGUGUUGCUCUGUGUUGGCAGACUGGUAGCGUCUGGAUUCCCUUUUCGUCAGGAACCUGUAUCUGAGAAGAUAUAUGAUGAAGAUGGUACAUUAUUGUUUGUAACCAGCAUCAGAUUGACAAAGGUGGAAUAAAAUCAUAUACUUUAUUGUUACAUCACCAAAUAAUUACAGCAAUGUCUAAUAUAAACAAUCCUCUUUGUGUUGAAAAUGGACAAAGCGCUGAGCCUUCUAUAUUACAAAAGGAUAAUAUACAGGGAAGUGGAUUAAACCCAGUUUUGGAUUAUAAUGCAGAAAUGGAAAGGUACAGAUCUUUUGCAAACUUUUACAAAACAAAUGGGGCAUUUCCACAGACUGCAAAGAUUGCUCGUAUAACAACACCAAUUUUUCCCAGCGCCAGAAUUGGUGUGUCCCCAUGGAACUGUGAUAACGCUAUGCUCUGGGGAAGGAAAUCAGCAGCAAUAAACUCUAAUAGGACCAGCAUGCAUAGAAGUGAUUCCCAGAGGCCAGGGAAGCCUGGCGUGCCGCCAGAGACGUUGCAAAUGGCAAAUAAUAAUUUCCUCACUACCUUAUCCCCUGAACACUGCAGACCUUUAGCAGGAGAAUGCAUGAACAAGCUGAAAUGCGGCGCUGCUGAAGCAGAGAUAAUGAAUCUCCCAGAACGCAUUGGAACUUUUUCCGCUAUUCCGGCUUUAGGGGGCAUCUCAUUACCUCCAGGGGUCAUCGUCAUGACAGCCCUUCACUCCCCCGCAGCCUCAGCAGCCGUUACAGACAGUGCGUUUCAAAUUGCCAAUCUGGCAGACUGCCCACAGAAUAAUUCCACGGGAUCCAACGGAAACCCUGCAAAGAAGAAAAGGAAAAGGUGUGGGGUCUGUGCACCCUGCAGGAGGCUAAUCAACUGUGGGGUUUGCAGUAGUUGUCGGAAUCGCAAAACUGGCCACCAGAUCUGCAAAUUUAGGAAAUGUGAAGAGUUGAAGAAAAAGCCUGGCACGUCACUGGAGCGAACGCCUGUCACUGGUGGAGAAGCAUUCAGAUGGUUCUUUUAGAUGCUGACUACCACAUUAUCAGGUCAGCCUGCAGUGAGCGAGGUAACAAGUAUGACUGUCACAAGAAGCACCUUGAAAUCCAAGUCCAGCUUUGAAGAAAAAGAAAAAAAAACUAUGGUGAUGGUAUUGGUUUAACUCUGUAAUUUCCUUUCCCCGUGUGAUAAUGUACCUUUUAACCGUAUCAUAAUGUAUAUUUUUGAUGUCAAUUAAUGUGUUUCAGUGUUGUGACGGGCUCAAAAGACAAUCAUAACAGAGUGAUUAAGAGUCCAUGAGGAUAAAUAUCUGCAUACAUACAACACAAUAAACAUUAGAUUUGAAGCAAUAAUCUUUGGGUUAAUUCAUAUUCUGCAGUUUUGUUUUGUUUUUUUUUUUUUUUUUUUUAUUUCAUUUUACAUACAAUAUGUGUAUGUGGCUCUUACAUUUUAAGUUAUUCAAACAGCGGGGUUUAUUUUAUUAAGGUACUUCAUUUUCAAGAAUCCAGAAGUCACACAUAAAAAGGUAACCAAGGAUAUCAAAUGUGUUUAGUUUUCUUUGCCUAGUUGCUGAACAGGGCACAUUGUCUUGAGUAAUGAGUUGUGCCUCUGCAGAAGUACAUUUUACAAAAUGUGUUUUUUCUUAACACAACUUGCAGUGACAAAGUAAAAAAAAAAAAAAAGGUAUUGUAUUAAUUCAAUAGGCAUGUAUAGAGGGGAAGAACAAUGUUGAGAAAUGUUUUAAUUAAGUUUGAUGGUUGAAUGCAUUCAUUUACAAAAUCAGAUGUACAAAAUUUGAGGUGAUGGUGUGGCUCAACCCAGUACUGUAGUUAUAAUUAGGCUUGCUACUUUUUGAUAUUAAUCGGUAAAGCUCGGUAAACAUUGAA